UGUCAGCUCAACUUCCAGGUUAGGUUGCUGUGAAUUUCUUCCUAUCUUUCUAGUGUAAAUAUUAAAUAAUAAAAUGAACCUGCUCGGACGGCAUUGGGGUAAAGUAACCAUUGCGGGGUUCACACCAUUCGGAGCUCUGCAUGACACCGUCACCAAAGAGACAAGAACUUCACAAGGAUUUGACCCUGACAAACUAUCUUCAGAAACCGGAUGGGAUCGUUUGCGAAUGAUGUUUAGUAUGGAUGAAUUCGGCAAUGUGUCAUCCGAAGUGAAUUCCAUGUACCAAGCGGGCUUCCUAGGGUUCCUAGUAGGCGCGAUCUAUGGUGGAGUAAUACAAUCGAGAACAGCCUAUUUGAAUUUUAUGGCGAAUAAUGAGGCGACCGCUUUCAAAUCACAUUUAGAAGCUAAGAGAAAGCUGCAAGACACAGUGACAGUGAACUUUGCUAAGGGCGGAUUUCGCUGGGGAUGGAGGGUAGCGCUAUUCACAUCAUCAUACGUAGGAAUCACUACUUGCAUCUCGGUAUAUCGUGGAAAGUCGUCAAUGUAUGAAUAUGUUGCAGCUGGAACUCUCACUGGUGCUAUGUACAAAGUUAAUUUAGGAUUACGAGGUAUAGCAGUUGGUGGACUUUUAGGAUGUAUUCUUGGUGGUGUUGCUGGUGGGCUAUCUUUAGCAAUAUUGAAAGCUUCUGGAACAACAAUGGAGGAAGUCCGAUAUUGGCAGUAUAAAUGGAAGUUGGAUAGCGAUAAAGCCUUCCAAGAAGCAAUAAAGAAAAGAGGUGAUGAGGAUAAACCAGCCGUUGAAUUAGCUCAUGAUGAAAAGUUAGAAAAUAAGAAAGUGUCAUUAGAUAAUUUGCUGCUGACCAUUAUUGGAUAUGAGCACCACUUUCCGUAUUUAAGAGGAGCUCCUUCCUGUCGGAGUGGUCGGAAGUCAACGAAAAUUUAUCUAAGCCUUCUCAACGGAUAAUUGCUGUAAUCUUUAUUCUACCAGAAUCCUCGAAUUAGCGGUCAAAUUGGAUUUCUCCGAGAUCGAAAGGACAAUAUCAUGUACUGUCUAUUACCAUUGGAUGGGCUAUUUCUCUUGCAGUUGCCGCCAGAAUUAUCAGAAGCCGUUUGUAGUCCUUUGAACCAGGAAAGAAGAGUCGAAGGAGUCAGAAAAAUAGGCGAAAAAAUGGUGUUUUGUUUACUUAAGGCUUGAAAAACAUUUUGUAAAUUAUCAUGUUUCAAUUCGAAUUUAUCCUUUUUGUAAACAAAUGUACAGUAACUUUUCGAUAUUGUUCGUUACAUAUUAAUUAUUACUUUAAAUGUACACGGAACUAUCUAUUUUUUGAAUAAAAGAAUUUUAAGUUAAA